CAGACAGAUCGUGCAGAGGAGCGAUGGAGUCCGCUAAACAGCCUCAAGCCGCGGUAUGCCUGCUGUGUGGAGAGCCCUACACCCUUCCCGAGGAUGAGGUGGAGGGGAAUCUGCCGCGGGUGCUGCUCUGUGGGCACAUUUACUGCUCAUCCUGCCUGAGAUCCAUGGAGCACAACAGUGCCAUCACAUGUCCACAGUGUGAGGUGGAGUCCACACUGCCUGAGAUGGGAGUAGAUGGGCUGACAGAAGACUGCAGAAUUGUUGGGCUGCUUUACACAGCCAAGAUGAACAAGAGGAGGUUCAGCCGCCCCGCUCGGCCCAGGAACAGAGAACCUCUGCUCCAGGAUGGCCACCCGCUCUGGGAGGACAGUGCCUAUCAGUCUGUAGAUCUGCACAAAUUUGAGCAGGGUGUGGAUGAAGCUUUGGUCCAAGCUUCUGAAAACAUGGCCCAGCUGAAGAACAUUCAAGAGAAUCUCCACAAAGCCCUGACUAAACAAGUUUCCAAAGAGAAGCGUCGGCUGCAGUCAGAGAUCACCCAGGCCACCACCAAAGCCAUUCACUGCAUCCAGAAGUGGAAGGACUCUCAGCUGGAGAAGCUGUCUGUGCUGGAAUCCUACUUCAUCCAAACGCAGAGCCAGAUGAAGCAGGUGGAGGAGAGGCUCAGGAGCCUGGGGCUCGCCAUGCAGAAGGCCAGGGAAGUGCGGCGGGUCAAAUUCCUUGAGAAGUACUGCCCACUUGAUAAGGUCCUGGAGACUCUGCAGGCUCCAGUGGACAACCAGUUUGAUCUGAGCUGUCUGUCUGAGGUCAUAGGGUUAAGAUGUGGACUUAACAUGGGCAUUGUGGAGGAGACUUUAACUAUGGUCCUGGACUUCUCAAACCAAAAGGACAUUGCACAAAACAAGGGGGCUCAUUGGCUCCAGGAUGACAGCAGGUCUAAAGACCCAGGCAGCAGCAGUCCAGGCAGCAGGAGCCCCUCUUCUGCAGGCUCCCCCAGCCCCAGCCUCUCCCGCCAGGGCUCUCAUUGUUGCCUGGCCCCAGACAUCAUCAUCGAGGAGGUGAUGGAGGACAGCCAGCAGGUGUCCAUUCCUCCCACUGGCCCCCAAUUAGCCAGUGGGAAGACCAGGAAGAAGGCGAGGAAAACACUGUCUACAAGUUACACUAGAGCUGUGACCCAGUGGGUUGUGGUGACCCAUGUGGUAAACCCCAAUCACUUCUAUGUGCAAUAUGUGGCUGAGAAGAAGGAGGGCGAGCUCUUGUCCAAGAAGAUCAACCUGUACUGCUCCAAGUCAAGCAGUCUCCUGUGUGCCCGCCACACACUAGACACAGGGUCUCUGAUCUUUGUCAAAUAUGAAGAUGGUCUGUGGCACCGGGCCAGAGCGAUGGAGGUGUUUCAGGUUGGAUACACUAACACUGUCAAAUGCUGCCCAGUCAAUCAGAUAGCCAGUGUGCAAGUGUUUUUCAUCGAUACUGGUCUGACCACUGUCAUCACCAUCAAAAGUGAGGACAGAGAGUCUGAUGCAUUACUCAAGGCAGUCAACAACUACCUGCGCAGAAUGACGGACAUGGCCAAGGCUGAGCUGGACUCGUUUGCUCCACAGGCCAUCCGCUGCUGCCUCAAGGAUCUGGUGCCCUAUGACCUGACCAAAGGCUGGACUAAAGAGGCGCAGGUUGAAUUCCGCAGUAUGGUCAACGCCACAACCGUGAAGAUGCAGACUCUGGGACAGGAUAAACACUCCCUGCUGGUGGACCUGAAGAAAGUCCCUGUGAACAGGGCCAGUGGCCCCCACAUAUCAGUCCGAGAACAUUUGGUUUUUAUUGAGGUGGCCAGAUUCUACUCUCCUGUGACAGUCCGUAAGAAACUCCUACUGUACUACCCUCCAGUCAGCCCCCAGACCCGCACUGAGCUCAACGCUGUGGUGUCUUAUAUCCACACCCCAGGAGACUUCUACAUUCAGCUGGUGGAUAACAUGGAGUCACUGCUUCUGUCGGACAAACUUCAGAAGUUCUACAGUGCUCCUCCAGAGUCAGAAGAGGAGGACCUGCGCAUCUACUGCCCUGUGAUUGGAGAGGCCUGUGUGGCUCUGUUUGAGGACAAGAUGUGGUACAGAGCUCAGAUCACAGGUCAUCCAGGUGGCAGAAAGGUGGAGGUGGUGUAUGUGGACUUUGGUAAUAAGGAGAUCCUGCCAGUGACAGACCUGAGGAAGAUCAAGGAUGAGUUUUUCGCCCUCCCUGCUAUGGCUAUCCACUGUUGCCUCUCUGAUGUGGUUCCCUUGGAUGGAAGGAGUUGGAGUGAAGCGUGUUCCUUUCGCUUUAUCAGCUUGGCCAACCACAAACUGGUGACAAUAGUGGCUACAGCCAAAAGACGUCGGCAUGGACCUGUCCCUGUUAAACUGUUUGAGAGCAGCUUGAAUGGACCACUGGAGAAUAUUGGGGAAAAGCUGGUGGAGGAGAAGCUGGCCUGUUUGAGAGAAGGCCAGAGCAGCCGCACGUGCAGCAGCGAGGACUCUACAGUGUGGGACUCCCCUCUAGAGCCAGGCUCAGACAGGGACAGUGCAGCUGACCACACAGACAUCUGCUCCCACUUCCAGCCCCAGCUCCCACUGCCCCUUCAGCUCAAGGAGGUCAAAGUACGGGUGACCCAUGUCAACUCCCCUAGCAGCUUCUAUGUGCAGCUCACCAAGUACGACCCGUGGCUCAAACGGGUGUGUGAGCUGCUCAAACAGGAGUGUACUCAAAAGGAGCCUGAGGACAUCAUGUGGAAGGCCGACAUGUACUGUGCUGCUCACAUCAACGGGGUCUGGGAGAGGGCCCAACUCUGUGCUGAUGUCCUGUCCAACGAUAUGGCAGAGGUCAUCCGUUGUGACCAUGGCAACAAGGCAAAGCUACAUAUAAGCAACUUGUUGCCGCUGCCCCCUGAGCUGGAGGGCUCUCUGGCUCUGGAGUGUACGCUCUGUGACAUCAGACCGGCAGGAGGCCAGUCCAGAUGGACAGCUACUGCCUGUGACUUCAUCUCAUUCUAUCUGAGUGGAGCUUCAGCCAUCCUGACAGCAAAGGAGGUGGGUGAGGAGCAUCCUGUGCCAGUCACUCUGUCCUGCUCUAACACCAUGGGCCAUUUUGUGAGCAUCGCAGACUCUCUGGUGAGCCAAGGCCUGGCCCUGCGAGAGAGAAGACUUACAUCUAAUGCUGCUGGUCCUGUGGUGGAGAGCCCAAAGGAAGCGGAUGUCCCAGACUGUGAGAAUCAAAGCACUGCUCCCAGUAGCAUCAACACUACGGCUACGUCAGCCAGCUCCCUGUCUUGUCCAUGGCCCAAAUCACCCCCACGCUGCUUUGGGACCACAGAAAAGAUUCAAACUCCAUUGUACCCUGCCCCUGAGCUGCCUUGCCCUGGUCACUUACUCAUGACUGUGUCUGCCAUCGGAGAAGAUGGAACCAUUUAUGCCCGCACCCCAAACGCAGAGCGACAGUUGGAUCAGCUGAAGAAGAGAAUCCAGCAGAGCAUGAAGUUUAACCCAUGUCACAAGAGCUACACGUGGAAGAGCGUGCAGGGCUGUGUCAUCUAUGGUCCUGACAUGCUCUGGUACAGAGGGCAGCGGCUCGAGGUACUAGGAGGACACGUCAAGGUUCAGUACAUUGACUAUGGGCAUGUGGAGAGCAUCCCUGUGGUGCAUGUUCACCCCAGGCUGCUGUUUGAGGAUGUGCCUCAGCUGUGUGUGCCCUGUCAGCUCCACGGUAUUGCACCAGUGGGGGGGUACUGGCAGAGAGAGGCUGUGGCUCUUCUCUCAGAGUUGUUGAUGAGCCGCUGCGUGGAUGUGCACGUUUUGGAGCUGCCUGCAAAACCCCGAGGACCUCUAACUGUACAGGUGUUUGUGGAUGGGCUCAGCCUCAGCACAAUCCUGAGUGAAAACAAGCACGGCUCCAUGGAGCACGUGGCCCUGCCCCGCCAGGCAGCCUCAGGUCCCUCAGCGCCGGCCUUCCUCGACGACUGGGACAUUGACAUUGAGGGUUUGCUGGAGGAGGAACAGUUGCUGGGGUCUUUCAUUUACCCAGAGCUGCCCCCAGAAGGAGAGGACUUCCCUGUCAAAAUAAAGCACCUGUGGACACCCAAUGAGCUGUUUCUGUGGCCACUGGAAGGUCUGGACACUAAGAUCAAUGGACAGACUUUGGACACUGCUCUGAACAGAGUCAACACGGCCAUUGACAAGGUCCCACGGCUCAGCUGCUUCCCCAGAGGGAGUCCAUGUUUGGUCGAGUACAGUGAUGGCAAAUACUACAGAGCUGCGAUCAUGGACAUCAGCAGUGUGGACCCCCUCCUCCUCUUGGUGCAGCAUGUGGACUAUGGCUCAGAUGACACACUGCCCCCUACCAAGCUGCGUCAGAUGCCGUCUGAGCUCCUUGCGUUCCCCGCCCACACGCUCAAGGUGAAGGUGACAGGCUUCAGGGCUCCGUCGGUGACCAGGCAGGAGGACGUGCUGCCCUACAGUCCUGUGUGGAGUAUCCAAGCAGCCAUGGAUAUGAUUGACCUGCUGCACGGCUACAUCACAGCCACUGUGGUGGCACGGGAGCCGGAGCUCACUGUUAGCCUGUACAAUGAGGAUGGCCAGCCAGUUUAUACACCACUGGUCAGCAGUGGGUUGGCAGAACUGGAGUGACCACUUUACCUUUGGUUUAGUUUGGACUUUUUAGUUUAUAUCAUUCUUGGUUGUUGAAACAUGCAUCACUAAGCUUUAAGUACUCUGUGUAGUAUGUUUCCUUCUUCUUUUGUGUUUGAGACGUGAAGAUGCAGUGGUGACUGCAGCCUGUUUUCUGUUCACGGUCGUCUCAU